CCCUGGUAAAAUGCCGGGUCUUAAAACUUUCUCCCAACGCUUCCAACGGAGCGAGAAUCGAAGCUCCACCGAGGAUUCUGAGGAGGAUCGAUCAAAUCGAUUUGGUUGCGUUUAAUGGCGACAAGGCUUCUUCAUCUUCAUCGACAUCGUUUGGAGAAAGGUGAUUCCGGAACCACCCUUUCCUUUAACCGCCUUUUGAGCCUCUCUCUCUGGUUUCGUGCUUUCUGCGAUUACCGAGCGAUUCUGAGAAACAGUCUUCCCUUCAACGAAGCUCUGGAUCUCUUCACUCGCAUGGUCGAGUCCCGCCCCCUUCCUUCCACCGUCGAUUUCACCAAGCUACUAACCGCUAUCUCCAAAUCGAAGAGAUACGACGUCGUCAUCGCUCUCUGCAACCAUCUGGAGACGUUAGGGAUUCCGCACGAUCUCUACACUUGCAACCUCCUGAUGAACUGUUUCUCCCGAUCCUCUCAGCCUCAUCUCGCUUCGUCGUUUCUCGGGAAGAUGAUGAAACUCGGGUUUAGCCCUGACAUCGUCACGUUCACAUCUCUCGUCAAUGGGAAUAGACCCGAGGAUGCGAUGUAUAUCGUUAAUCAGAUGGGGAUCGAACCCGACGUUGUCAUGUACACCACGCUCAUCGAGUCUCUUUGCAGAAACGGACUUGUGGAUAACGCGAUGAGCUUGUUUAACCAAAUGGAGAGCAACGGCGUUAAAGCUGACGCCGUCACCUACACGUCUCUCGUGAACGGUCUUUGUAACUCCGGCAGGUUGAGUGACGCCGUUAGUUUACUUAACGAUAUGAUGAGAAGGAGGAUCAACCCUGAUGUAGUCACUUUCAAUUCGUUGAUCGACGGGUUUGUGAAAAAGGGGAAGCUUCUGGAGGCUAGAGAGCUCUACAGCGAGAUGAUUCGAGUCUCUGUAGCUCCUGAUGUUUUCACUUACACUUCGUUGAUGAAUGGAUUAUGCAUGGAAGGCCGCGUCGAUGAGGCCAAGGAAAUGUUUUACUCAAUGGAGGAGAAGGGCUGCUUUCCAGAUGUAGUGGCUUAUACAUCUCUCAUUAACGGUUUCUGCAAAUCGAGAAAGGUUGAGUAUGGGAUGAAACUCUUCUACGAGAUGAAUCAGAGAGGUUUACUUGGUAACACCAUCACUUACACGGCCCUUAUCCAGGGUUUCUGUCAAGUGGGGAGACAUAAGGCUGCACAAGAGUUUUUUAGUCAGAUGGUUUCUCGUGGGGUGUCUCCCAAUGUUAGGACCUACAACGUUUUGUUACAUGGGCUGUGUUUGAACGGGAAGCUAGGUAAAGCGUUGUUGAUAUUCGAAGAUAUACAAAAGAGAGAGAUUGAUGUUAAUAUUAUUACGUAUACUAUCAUCAUUCAAGGGAUGUGCAAAGCUGGUAAACUCAGAGAUGCUGUUGAUUUGUUUUGUAGCCUCCCUUCCAAAGGAAUGAAGCCUAACGUUGUAACGUACAGUACAAUGAUAUCAGGGUUGUUUAGGGAAGGUUUUAAGCUUGAAGCACAUGUGUUGUUUAGGAAAAUGAAAGAAGAUGGGGUUCUACAAAAUUAGGUGGAACAGUGAACUGAUCAUAGUAUUGAUGAGGGAUUGCUUCUUCUACUCACACAGUUACAGUUUCUAACUAUGAUGCAACUUUCAUAAGAACAUGUUGCCUAUAUGUGUAGGAUGAUGAUACAUACAGCCUGGGUUAAUUCCUGAUAAUGUCACAUUUGUAUCUUUGAUUCUGGUUCCAAGGAGAUGCCUAAGAUAGGCUCCUAUAAAGAUGGGAGUUUCAUACACGUAACCAAUCAGUGAAGCAGCGAGGAUUUGAUGAAGCUGUGAGAUUGUCUAUACAUACGGUGAGGACUUUUUUUUAGAGGAAUAGUGUAUGUAGUAGGCUCAUUUAGGUAAGUGCAUACAUUUAUAGAUUGAUUUCUUUCAUAUUUAUUCUUUUGUAACCUUGUAAUUCAAGAACAAAUAUACGUUCUCCUUUUCCUUUGUUGGGGAAAAUGAGAAAAAA